AUGACUAGUAGAUCAAAUGAUAGAUAUGCUGAAAUGAAUGGCAAUGAUUAUAAAGAUAACAAUGGAGGUUCAGAUCAUGUCAAACAAUCAAUUAGGAUUCAACAUCCACAUCUAACGAAGAAAAUUCCUUCGACAAAUCCAUUCUAUGAAGAUAUAGAAGUUGAAGCUGAAACUAAGCAAGAAAGAAUUAAUAAAAUAGAUAAGGUUCAUAGAACAACGUAUCCAUCAGCUAAAGAAGAAAAGUUAAAUUUUGAGAAAGAUUUUGGAAGAUCCAAUCGUCGCAAUAAUCGAAAUAGUUUUAGAAAGGGCGAAGAAGAUAAUGAUGUAUUUAAUACUGCAUUACCACCAUCAUAUGAGGAAGUAACUAGAAUUCCUAAAUCUAAGCAAAAAUAUUCGGAUGAGAAAAGUAAAACAUCGGCCUCAAGAGGUGGAUAUAAUAAUAAGUCUAGCAAUUCUGAAAAUAGUGGGAAAAAUAGUGACAGCCGUCAUCAUCAUCGUAAAAGUAAGAAAAAACUUCCAAUACCAAAAAAUGUAGAUACAAUUGAUAAACUUGAUGGUACUGGCAUAUUUGGCAGAUCAUUUCAUCAUGAUGGACCAUUUGACGCAAUUACUCCACAUAGAAAUAAGAAUAAUAAGGCGCCUCCAGUUAUGGCAUUUCCUGCAGAUAGUGCUAAUAAUACAAUUGCCGGCGCUACUAUGAAGAAGUCGGUAAUGAAUGAAGUGUUUGGCAGGGAAGAUUUAGAUGAUAAUGAUACAUUGUAUAACAUGGAUAGAAGGAAUGAUCUAAAUAGGGGACCUCAAUCGACUAUGUAUAAACUUGGUGGAGGUAAUUCCAGUUCUAAUACAGUAGAUGCGAUCAAACCUAAUUUAAGGGAUAUUACACAUUUUGAUACCAAAAUUAAUACUGAACCAGUAAGUGGACCAACGACAAUGGGACUCGGGUCUACAACAUUUUUAGAUGGGGCACCAGCUUCUUCGUCUGCAAUUAGAGAACAGCAACAGUCAAAAGGGUAUUAUAGAGGAACGGGAUCACAGAGGAAGAAACCAUUGUCAAGAACACAAUCUCAUGAAUAUAUUGAUGACAGAAAAAAUCAAAAAUACCAGGAAGGGCCAGGACUUUCUUUAACCCGUAGCGGUGGGCAUAUCGAUAAUAUGGUUUUCAGAGAAGAGGAAAUUAUAGAUGAUUUCGAAGAACCACAAUUUGAAAGAACAGGUACUGAUGGGAAUAGGUUAAUGAGGAGAGUUAAAAGUUUAAAAUCAAGCAGAAGGCCAUGA